GUCCGGUUAACAGCCACCCAUUCACUCUCCAAAUACCCCCUACCCCUACCAACAAACCAACCCACCACAACCAGCUACACCCACCGCCAAAAUGCCCCACCACCACCUCCGCCGCAACCCCGACCCAUCCCCAUACCCAUACCCAUCUACUUCCUCGCCCUCCGACCCAAACCACCCACACCACUCGCACUCGCACUCGCACUCCCAAACAAGCACACACCCAAACCCAAACGCCUUCCUCACCCCUCCCACAACCCGCGACCCCGGCACGGGCACGGGCAUCGGAACCGGAAGCCUGAACAUGGGAAUGGGAAUGGGCAUCCCGCAACUCCACCCGUCGUCCGGGCCAAUCGACCCCGACCAUCCGCUACAUAGCGGACAUUCGCAAUACAGCUAUGGCCAUGGCCAGAGCAAUAACCAUGGACGCGGACGACACUACGCGCAGCCGCAGCCGCCGCAGCAGCAACACCGACACCGACACCAGCGCCAACACUCUGGUUCUGGGUCUGGGUCUGGGACCGGCUCCGGGUCCGGGGGAAGAACUGGGGCUAGUGCGGCGCUGUUUUCGUUGUUUGGGAGGGGGGUGCAUGGGCGGGAGGGGGAGUUAUCGGCGGUUUGGGUCGCGGGUGAGGAGUCAGGGUCAGACUCAGGGGCAGGCUCAGCAGGCGAGGGGGAGGGGGAGGGGGAGGGGCAGUAUGGGGAGGAUGAUACGGAGGAGGAGGAGGAUAUGGAGGGUGAUGUGGAGGGAGGGGACGUGGAAGGAAUGGUUGAGGUGGAUCCAGGAGUUGAGAACGAAGAGGUAGACGAGGAAGGCGAAGAAGAUGAAGAAGAAGAGGAAGAAGAAGAAGAGGAGGAGGAGGAGGAGGAGGAGGAGGACGAAGACGAAGACGAAGACGAAGUAAUAUCCGACUCGGAGAUCCUGAACGAGCGCGGUAUAAAAAUCCCCCCUCUCCCCUCCACCCACCGCGAAAUCUCCGCCCUGGCCUCCUGGACCGUGAGCACCCACAAACCCGGCUGCGGCGUCUCAGCCCUCCGCCACCCCUCACCGACGCAAUACUGGCAGUCCGACGGCCCGCAGCCACACACCCUCACACUACACUUCUUCAAGCUGGUCGCCAUCGUGCGCAUCCGCGUGUACCUCGACUUCGAGAUGGACGAGAGCUACACGCCGACCAAGAUGACGUUUCUGGCGGGCAUGGGCGGGAAUGAUCUGGUGGAGUUUGCGUGUUGGGAGGGGGAGAGUCCCGGGGGGUGGGUGGAUGGAAGAAGCGACAUACACCUGGGCGUCCUAGCAGACUCCGACUCCGACUCCGACGAAGAAGAAGAAGAAGAGGAUGAUAUAUCCGACCCCUACGCCAACAACGUCCUCAAAGCAAUGGUCGUGCAGAUGCGCGUGAUCGAGAACCACCAGAACGGGAAAGACACGCACGUGCGCGGGUUCCAGGUGUUUGCGCGCGACGACGAGCGCAAGAGGGCCGGCAAUGCGCCGUCGGCGUCGGCGGAUGGCCGCGUGAGGAGACAUAGCGCCAGGAGGUCGUUGAGGGGAAGUACCCAUGACGAGAUGGAGGAGCGGGAGAGGGCCAAGGUGGUUACGAGUCUGGAGGAGCCGGAUUGGAUGGGGGAGCCUGUUAUACGGUGAUUCUCUUUCUUUUUCCCCUCCCCUUACUUUCUUUCUUUCUUUCUGUCUUCUGUGUGGAUUUGCGAGGGAUAGGGAUGAGGAUGGGGAUGAGGGUUCUCUCUCUCUCUCUCUCUCUCUCUCUCUCUCUCUCUCUCUUUUUUUUUUUUUUUUU